AUGCGUCCCCUGCAUAACGCCCUGCUUCCCCCUUUCCCCUGUCUUCCCUACACCAUUAUUCCCCCUCUGCCCUCCUUGCCUUACGCCCUUGUUCCCCCCAUCCCCUCGGCCUUACCCCCUUCUUCCCGUUCUCUUCCUUACGCCCUGCUUCCCCUCUUUCCCUCUCUGCCCUCCAUCCUACUCCCCCUUAUCCCCUCUCUGCCUUACACCCUUCCUCCCCCUGUCCCCUCUCUGCCUUACCCGGUUCUUCCGCCAUUCCCACCUUUCUACCUUAUGCCAGUCUCCCCCUUUUCCCAACUUCCAUACGCUCUUCCUCCUCCUUCCCCCUCUCUGCUUUACGCCAAUAAUGCACCGUUGGUCCCCUUUGUUCCUUUUCUCAACCCGCCACCCUGUUCUCCCCUCUCCGCCGUACACCCUCCUUCUCCCUCUUUCCUCACUCCCUUACCCCCUUCUUCCACCUAUCCCCUCAACGCCUUACACUCUUCUUCCCCCUUUUCCCUCUCCACCCUACACCCGUCUUUCCCAUCUCCCCUCUCUGCCUCCCUCCCAUCUUCCCCCUUUCCCCUCUCUCCUUACACUCUACUUGCCCCACCAUGCAUUCAGUGCCUUACAUAG